GUGAUCAAAACAUUUCCUCUCUCCAGGAAGUAGUUUGACUGGCUAAUAUUACCUGACCUUUUUGACCAGCAAUGAGCAUUACGUCCAUGUCAGCUACUCUAAAUUGACAAAGGAAUGCCACAGAAGGAUCCGUGUCAAAAGCAAGCAUGUGCAAUUCAGCAGUGUUUACAAGCUAAUAAAUACGUGGAGAGCAUGUGUGAGGAUGUGAUCCGAGAGAUGCGGCGGUGCUGUCAGACCCAUGCAAAAAACUCCAUUUGCUGCUCUGGUUUCAAGGAUUCAACGCCUACGGAGAACAAAAAUACCACAUAGAUCCUUUUGGGAUGCGUUUGAAGGAGACAGCUGAAAGAAGAAACAUUGCAUCAGUGUUUUAAGACUGUGACACUUGUAACAACUGGGAAAACACUGGGCAGAGUGGUUUGUUGACAAAAUGCCCUUAAAAUGGCAUGAGAUGAGCUUUUCAUAGCUGAUGUUUCUGCUCAAAAAUGUGCAUUACAUGCUGAUAAACAUCAUUUUUAUGAAAGAAAUGUUUGAAAUAUUUUCUGUAGCGUUCCUUACCAAUAUGUCCACACUUAAUUGUCAAGAGUCAGCAUAACUAUAGUAAUGCUGUUCUAUUGGAUGUACAACACCCUCUUAUAACACAUUAUUAAAUUGGCUCAUGUGGCCUAGACUUUGUUCUUGAUUGGUAUCUGAUACCCUCUAAACUUUAGUGCACCUGAUACAGAUGGACAACAGUGGUGAAAAGCAGCUAAGUACUUUUACUUGAGUAUCAUUUUGAGGUACUUGUACUGUACAUAUUUAUCUCCUAUUUAUGUUACUUUUGUAUACUGCCAGGCCACUGUCUAAGAAAAUGUUGUACUCUUUUCCCUUACAAGUGUUUGUCAGCUUUAGAUAGUGAGCUUUUAAUGAGUGUACUUUAUAAGCUUUUAAAUUAUUACAAAAUAAACUUCUCACAUGAUUUCACUUCAA